ACCCCUAACUUGAGCUGUAAAUUAGCGGAAACUGAAAUUCUUAUCUGCGACGGGUGCAUUAAACCAAUAUCCUUGCUUGAUGAAUUAUUCUAUGAAUGCAAUUCAUGCAAUUUUUUUCUCCACAGAUCAUGCUCUCAGUUUCCGGAAGAGUUUGAGCAUCAUCUAGCAGGCAAGCUGGAGAGCCUAUUUGGACGAGAAGACCAUGAACUCGGGGGUCUCGAGUGCCAAGGUUGCAGACUCUCUGGUAAUGGGAUUUUCAUGACCAAUAAAACAGCCAGUCUAGACAUCUGCUGUGCUUCACUACCGAGAAUGAUCAAACAUGAAGCUCAUCGCCACCCUCUCAGCCAAUUAAAGAGUCCAGAUGACUUUUUUUGUAAAGCAUGUCUGGAUGAACCCGAAACAAAUGAAGAAACUAUCAUGUAUGGAUGUGAAAGAUGCAAAUUCUACUUACAUAUAGGGUGUGUGAUAAAACCACGUCUGAUGAAUCACAGAUGGGAUCCUCAUCCUCUUUACUUGAUUCUCUCCCCCAAGAAUGUAGCUGAUCAUCCUCAUGAAUUCGAGUGUGAACUAUGCUCCACACAGAUAAAUCCAGUCGCUUGGUUUUAUCACUGCAGUGUUUGUGAUCUAUCAUUUGAUACUGACUGUAUUGAUCCAUAUGACUGGCUCUCCAAUAUCAAGUUUGGUGCUACCGACAUUUACAGUGACAAACAUCCUCACCAACAUGGCCUCACAUAUAUUCUCAAUAAAAAGAAGAGAAAUUGCAAUUUAUGUGGUCAAGAUGCAUGCGAUAAGCCAGCUCUUGAAUGUUCACCAUGCAAAUAUUUGGUGCAUGAGGAUUGUAACGAUGAAGAUUGGAUAGAUUUCCAUGCUGUAGUAUUGGCUACAGGCUAUAAGAACAAUGUGCCAUUUUGGCUUAAGAUGGCAGAAUUGAAAUUUUUUUUUCAUGAGCAUCAGCUGAUACUAAAUGAAGCUGAGCCUGUUGUCGGUAAGGAUGUAGAAUGUGUUGGGUGCAAACAGCCAAUCAACAAACUCAUAGACGCAUUUUAUAGGUGCAACAAGUCCCUUAUUGAUAGCAGUCCAGCGAGUGAUUGUGUUGGUUUCUAUAUGCAUAAAACUUGUUCUGAGUUGCCCUCAACUUUUACACACCCUAUGAACCCGAAAAAACCUCUAAGCCUCUUUGUGCUUCCAUAUAAAAAAGAAUACUUUUAUAUUUGUCAUGCUUGUGACAGCCACUCUCAGCACUUUAUGUAUGGUUCUGAUUCUUCUGUCAGUUCCGAAUUUCGUGUUUGUUUGAAAUGUGUAAUGUCAGAACUUAAAUCUCUAGAGGACCGUAACCUUUGUCAUCCAGGUCACAAUCACCCAUUAACUUUAGUCCAAAGCCCAGCUUUGUUCCUGUGUCAUGCUUGUAACACUACAGCUACAGACUUGUCCUAUAUCUGUACAAGAUGUUGUUUUUAUAUACACAAGAAUUGUGCCAAUGCACCCACCACCUAUCAAAGUAAAUUCCACAAUGAACACGCUCUCAUCUUGACCUACUCUCUUCCCCAACAAUAUCGUCAAUAUCUUUGUUACUGCAGCAUCUGCGAGAAACAUAUAAAUCCCAUCUACUGGGUUUAUAUUUGUGCGAAUUGCAGAUUUUUUGCUCACGUGAAAUGUGCUUCAUUAACUGAGAUGUUGAGUGAAAGUGAUAUUGAUGAUGAAGCAGAUUGCGGAGAGUCCAGUUUGAUGCAGUUCCCAGUGCAUGAUGAAGCAUCACUACAUGAAACAAUGCAACAAUGUAUCAUCAAGGCCGUAAAUCCUUCCACUGGGGAACCUUCACCUUAUAUCAAUCAUUGGGCCCAUGGACACCAACUGGCACUCGGAAACAAGAAUGCAAAAACUUUGCCCCUCAACUUGAAGCCGAAAAUAGCAGAAACUGAAUUGCUAAUCUGUGAUGGUUGCAUGAAUCCUAUCUCCUUGGUUGAUGUAUUCUAUGAAUGCAGUUUAUGCAAUUUUUUUCUCCACAGAUCAUGCUCCCAAUUCCCGAAAAGGAUUAAGCAUCAUCUAGCAGGCGAUCUGGAGGCAGUGCUAGCACGAGAGUCAGGUGAACUAUAUACUUUUCAAUGCAGUGGUUGCGGCAUUUAUGGUAAUGGGAUUUGCAUGCUCAAUGAUGAAUACACUUUUGACAUCAAGUGCGCUUCAUUACCCAGAAUAAUCAAACAUAAAGGUCAUCGUCACCCUCUUCAGCAAUUAAAGACUCCAGAUGACUUUCUUUGCAAAGGUUGUUGGCGUGAGCCUGUAACUGAAGAGGUAAGAACCAUCGUGUACGGAUGUGAAAAAUGUGAAUUUUACACACAUAUAGGGUGUGUGUUAAGUGCACAAGUGGUGAAACAUAGGUGGGAUCCUCAUCCUCUCUACUUGAUCCUGUCUCUCAAGAAUGUACCCGAUCAUCCCCACGAAUUCCCUUGUGAAUUUUGCUCCAAAGAGAUAAACACCAACAGUUGGUUUUAUCACUGCAAUGUAUGCGAUCUAUCAUUUCAUAUUAGCUGUAUUGAUCCAGAUGAUUGGCUGUCCAAUAUCAAGUUUGGUGCCACCAACAUUUACAGCGACAAACAUCCUCAUCCACACGGCCUCACAUAUAUUCUCAAUAAAAAGACAAGGAAUUGCAAUUUAUGUGGGGAAGAUGCACGCGAUACGCCGGCUCUCCAAUGUUCACCAUGCAAAUAUAUAGUGCAUCGGAAUUGUUUCAUUAAAGAAUGAAAUCAGGGAAAAUUAUAUUGUGUAUUGCUGGAUUGUAUAGGUUCAGAAAAUUUACAAAUCCUUUGUGCUUGUAUAUAUUCUUU